GCUGUUAGUAAAAGUUGGGAUAGGAGCUAGAGACGGAGAGCAGCAGCGAAAUUACGGACGAACUCGAUCAACGGUCGCGCUGACGCACAACGCUCACCCCCCCUUCACGCCACGGGCUAAAAAAAAAAGUUCAGACAGUCGCUGCGAGUUCGCUGAAUCCCUGCAGAAGGUCGAGCAGUUUGGAUUAUUCUGAGGGACAAGCAAUAAUAUUUUCUGCUCGGACUUAGAGAAGUACAGCACGGAGGAAAAGUUUAAAAGUUUUGCCUUCAAUAUUAGUCAAUGUAGUGAGUUCAUUAAAGAGUCGGUGUACAUAGACGGGUGAGCCCGAGCUGUCAAACCCGAUGACUACUGCAAACUGCCCCGGGAAUGAAGAGCUGGACUUCAGACUGAUCUUUGGGGAGGACGGGCAGCAGCCGCCGCUAGGCCCCGCAGAUUUGGAAACGGAUGACAACACAUCAUUUUACAUCCUCAACGUGGGCCAACCCCCUUCACUGGUGAACCAAUCGCACGGUAUCCAGCGUCAUGGAGGCCCUCCCCCGUCUCAGUUCAUCAGCUCCUCCCCUUCGCUGCAGGCCCUCCACAAAAUCUACGAGCCCAGCUAUGAGCCUCAGGACUCUAAAUACACACCCACGGGCGUUGGCGGAGGAGGAAACGGGCCACCAAAAGCCUUUGAAUGUCCCAGCAUCCAGAUCACCUCCAUUUCUCCAAGCUGCCAGCAGGAGAUGGAGGCCAGCGAGGAUGAGAUGCGAUCUAAGGGUCCGGAUGGAGACUACCACGACAGACCUCUGUCUCGGGACCACCUGUACCUCCCACUAGAUCACUCUUAUCGAGAUUCGUCCCUAAGUCCAAGCCCAUGUAGCAGCCUUUCCUCUCGAAGCUGGUUCUCAGACGCCUCGUCCUGUGAAUCCAUCUCGCAUGUGUACGAUGACGUGGAUUCAGAACUAAAUGAAGCAGCAGCACGUUUCACCCUGGGAUCGCCGCUCACCUCACCCGGCUGCUCUCCACAAACUGGCACACAGGAAGAAGUUUGGCAACAGCAGCACCACCAUCAUCACCCAGCCUUCGCUCACUCCCUUUCCCAUUCACACGGCCAUUCUUUGUCACCUCGUCAGUCGCCCUGCCACUCGCCCCGCACUAGCGUCACCGAUGAGAACUGGCUGAGCCCUCGCUCUCCUUCACGGCCCUCUUCUCGCCCAACAUCGCCCUGCGGGAAGAGACGCCACUCCAGUGCUGAUAUUUGCUACCUGGGCUCUUUAUCACCCCAUCACUCCCCAACAGCCACACCAGGCCCUUCACCCAGGGGCAGCGUGACUGAGGACACCUGGAUAGGUAGCCCAUCCAUGGGUGUGUCUCCUUUCCAAUGUUGCCCCUCUGAAGCUGACAUCCCCUCCAAAACGAGGAAGACGUCCCAGGACUGUACAGCAGCAAUUCAGCCUGGGAAAGGUGACCUGAGCAUGGAUGAUUCUGGGAAUGGGUCUCCUUUGCUUGACUCGCCUGCUGAGGACUCCAUGCAUGGAUUAAAGAAAGAUGGUUCUGGAGAGCAGUUUCUUUCUGUCCCAUCUCACUUCACAUGGAACAAACCCAAACCAGGACACACUCCUAUUUUCAGAGCAUCGUCUCUGCCUCCCCUAGACUGGCCGUUGCCAAAUCAGUAUGGGCAGUAUGAGCUAAAGAUCGAGGUUCAACCCAAAGCACAUCACAGAGCUCAUUACGAGACCGAAGGCAGCCGAGGGGCCAUCAAAGCCACGUCCGGGGGACACCCUAUCAUCAAGCUUCUUGGCUACAACGAGAAGCCAGUGAACUUGCAGAUGUUCAUCGGGACAGCGGAUGACCGUUAUUUGAGGCCACAUGCUUUCUACCAGGUUCACCGGAUCACAGGAAAAACCGUGGCUACGGCAAGCCAGGAAAUAAUCAUCACCAGCACAAAGGUUCUCGAGAUUCCUCUCCUUCCUGAAAACAAUAUGUCUGCCAGUAUUGAUUGUGCUGGAAUCCUGAAGUUGAGGAACUCUGACAUCGAGCUGAGAAAAGGAGAGACUGAUAUUGGACGGAAAAACACUCGGGUGCGCGUGGUGUUCCGGGUUCACAUCCCACAACCCAAUGGAAAAGUGGUCUCACUGCAGUCUGCAUCAAUUCCAGUGGAGUGCUCUCAGCGCUCAGCACAGGAGUUACCUCAGGUGGAGAAGGCCAGUAUUAGCAGCUGUUCAGUGAGUGGAAGAGAGGAAAUGCUCAUCACUGGCUCCAACUUUUUCCCUGAGUCAAAGGUCAUUUUUCUGGAGAAAGGUCCAGAUGGACGGCCGCAGUGGGAGGUAGAGGCAAAGAUCAUUAGAGAGAAGAGUCAAGGAUCAAGCAUUGUGGUGGAUGUGCCUCCGUACCACAGUAAGACGGUCACUUCAGCAGUUCAGGUGCAGUUUUACGUGUGCAAUGGCAAGCGGAAAAGAAGCCAGUCGCAACGCUUCACCUAUCUGCCAGUCCUGGUCAAGCAAGAACAUAGGGAUGAUCUGGACUCCCCCGCCGUGCCGCCCAUGUCAAUGCCUCUAGUCCAUGCUGCCAGUUUGGUCUGCGCUCAGCCGCUGUCCUCCCCAGAGCACUCCCACCCACCUGACGGCCUUCUGUCCAGCUCCCCACGUGGCCUGGCUGCAGGCCUGCACCCACUCCAGGCCCCCUGCGCCCCAAUGGGCUCCCCAACUCUUCCCCACCUGCCCCACCUUCAGGCUCGUGGGCUGAAUGCACCUCCCGAAUGCCAGAUGCCCUUCCAUACAGGCCCUGCUGCCACUGCCAGGCCAUCUUACCCCCCUAUACAGCACAACAUGCCCUUCAACGGCCAGCAGAGUCUUCCUAUGACUGCAGGCUCCCCACAGGCCUACGAGCGGAUGCCCUUCCAGGCUGACCCCACCGGGUGUCACUCCCUGGGUGUGGGGAUGGUUUAUGGCCCGGCUUCUUCAACACCCACCUCUGGAGUGCCGGCGGGUCCUGGCUCAAGCCCCAGCCAUGUAGCUUGUACAGGUAGUAACCAGGUCAUGGCCCAUUCUGCCCCACACCUUCACUCUUUAGGCUAUCACCACCCCACUCCAGGGCAGAUACCAUCACCCACUCACACCCUGGGACAGCCGCCCCCACAGCUCCAACGUCCACUGGUUUACCAUCCAGCCGGGCAGCGUUCUGCCUCCUGCCCCACGCCGUCCAGUGCUCCAGCUCAUAUGGUAUCAUCUCCCCACUCUGGGCCCUCAUCCCCCCAGCUCCAUUCGCUCCCAUACCACUCGCCCACCUCCCCGUCUCCUACAUCCAACAGUCCCCUGGGGCCCAUGGCACUCUCUGGACAGCCUUCGCCUCAGGCUAGCAGCCCUGUCUUAGCUGGAUUGUCUCCUUCAGGUCCUUUAGCCCACCCCCUGGCCCAGCAGGGAGAGAGGCUGAACAUCAAGCAGGAACCAGAGGACAGAGAGCCCACCUUCCGCACCAUCGGCCUUCAGGACAUAACACUGGACGAUGUGAAUGAGAUCAUCGGCAGAGACAUGUCUCAGGCCCCAGGGGCUCAUGGAGGAUCUCCAUCAGCACACAGUCAAUCCUAGCCCUCCAAACAUCACGGUGAACUCUGACAAUCCUCCCAGGACUGCAGCGCCGACCUCCAGUUUCACCCUGAAGACACCAAUCAUCUAAAAACCUUGAAUCCUGAAGCAGUCUGAGCAACCGUGACCGCUUCCUCUAUAAUCAUGAACACAGCUCAGCCUGUAAAUGAGUUGGGGUAUAAACUAUACGCAUGCACACAAAAUCAGGUGUACCGUCCACACACACAUGCACACACACACGCAAAUGUGUGCAGUUCUCCUGGAAUUAAAACCAAUAAUUCAGGGCUCUCUGCCAGGAUGAUGUACUACUAUAUGUAGCUUGUAGAUUCACCCUAUGCAUUCGAGCGCCGACAUAUAUGCAGUCCACUGGAGGCGUGAUGGAUGGCCACACGUCAGGCUUUCUUACCAGCGAAAAACGCCGCAUUCUGCCAGUGCUGCCCCCUAAAGGACUGGCGCUGAGUCUGUAGCGAGAAAUAUGCAACAUUCCAGGUGUUUAGUGACCUUUCUGAGCUGUAGAUAGUCUCGUUUAAUGAUUGGCCCAUUUCCUCUUCAGGUUGAACAAAUGCCUUAUGUAGUAGCUGUGAUUGUGAACAGGCUUUCUGCUGAGAACUUGUAAUCUUUUUAUUUUUCAGUGAGGACGCCGCUGAAUCUGGUGUGUGUAAAACGUAGCCGAGCUUCAUCUUGUGUUUUGGAGUGCUGUGAACGGUGUUGGUUCGAUCUUACUUUCACAGUGCUGUGCUUUAAAAGCAAAGUCAAAGGAAUUAUGGAGUAAGUUGUUUUGUACAGUUGUGUGAGAAGAUGAGCUUCUGACCCUAGACCGUCUGGAGGUAAUAAAGCCCAUAUAGGAUAUAUAUAUAUAUGAACAAAUAUGAAGAGUCCACUUGAAAACUCUCUCUUGGUGUGUGUUUAUGAAUUGUUGAAAGAUUUCUUCAAAAUGUAAAACAAAAUCUAAUUUGGACUUUCAAACAAUCAUUUUCUUUUCAACUUAGUCCCUUUAUUAAUCAGGGGGCGCCACAGCGGAAUGAAUCGCCAACUUAUCCAGCACAUGUUUUACGCAGUGGAUGCCCUUCCAGCUGCAAACCAUCACUGGGAAACACCCAUACACACUCGUACACUACUGACAAUUUUAGCUUACCAAAUUCACCUGUACCACUUCUUUUUGGACUGUGGGGGAAACCGGAGCACCCGGAGGAAGCCCACACUAAUUUAGACUUUAUUUUCCCCUUCAAAUAAUAAGAAGGUGCCAUGUUUUUCAGAGACCUUAUAUUCGUUUUUAGACAACACAAUAACAACGUUGUUUUUAGCUUCAGUAGAGUUCAGAAAAGUCUACGCUUGGUGGAAUAACUGUAAUAUUCAUUUAAUAUUAAAAUAUUUAUUCAGGGCUGCCCACUUCAUUGAGAGCCGUGGGCUGUAUACAGUCAGGUCCAUAAAUAUUGGGAAAUCGACACAAUUCUUACAUUUUUGUUUCUAUACACCAGUGGUCACCAAACUUGUUCCUGGAGGGCCGGUGUCCUGCAGAUUUCAGCUCCAACCCUAAUCAAACACACCUGAACAAGCUAAUCAAGGUCUUACUUGUUGAGGCAAGUUGGAGCUAAAUCCUGCAGGGACACCGGCCCUCCAGGACCGAGAUUGGUGACCCCUGCUAUACACCAACACAAUGGAUUUGAUCUGCAGGCUGGGCAUUUACAUUCAAAUCAGGUUAACGGUGUAGGAAUUACAACAGUUUGCUUAUGUGCCUCUCACUUGUACCCUCAAAUUAAAGCAUAUUGGGUUUUGUUGGUGUAUAGAGACAAACAGGUUUGAAUUGUGUUGUUGUCCCAGUGUUUAUUGACCUGACUGUAUAUAAGGAAAAAUCUCAUUUAUUUGAGAAAACAUUUAAAUCAUAUUAGCUAACCCAGUUUAACUUCUUAAAUGAUAACCUACUGAAAUAAAGCAUAAACAGUCACAUUUAUAACCCAAUGGAGUUCAAGUACACUAGUCAAGCAGAAUCUGCCUCUUGAUUUGCUCACCAAAGUCUCUGUGUUGACCUCUGUCCAUCAGGUGACAGCAUGUACAUUUAAAUGAAAUCAUAUUCAUUUUAUUUCGGCUUAGUCCCUUUAUUAAUCAGGGGUCACCACAGCGGAAUGAACCGUCAACUUAUCCAGCACAUGUUUUACGCUGUGGAUGCCCUUCUAGCUGCAACCCAUCACUCAGAAAAAUCUCAUUCAUUUACAGCAUUUAGUUGAAACAUUUCAUUUCAUUUAGCUUUUAACAAUAAAUCAAACAAACUAAAGGUCACAUUAGAUUUGAAAUGACAAUCUCUAAAGCAUCUCCAUCAUUCUUCCUCUUCUCAGAUGGGACGGUGGAUCAAAUCAAAGGUUACAACGGGUCAACUUUAACACACAAGCCCUAGUUUGAGCAUCUCUGAUUUAGAUUCAUUGUUAUUUUCAGAAUAAAAACACAGUUUCUGUGUGAAAUUUGAAAUAAAUUACUUUUUAUAGAAUCAUACGGUGAUGAACAUUUUACUCAACUCAUAGCAGUAAAUCCAGCGCAUUCUGAGAAUUUUCAAGUGGU